GACGUCAUAAUAGCCACACCCAAACCCGGAAGUGCUCAACGUCAAACGGAGGCCGAUCGCAUAAAUCUAUUUUGUUCUGGAUGAAACGACAUCUCAAUAUUAACAUACGUCGAGUGGCUGCGGAGAACAUACUUAUGUCACAGUGGCAGACUUGACGGAAUAAGCGCGUACCCGCUUUGUGUUGUUGCUACGAAAACGGGGUCUCAUUGGAGCUAACGUAGGAGCUAUUUUAAAUCCAAAGAGACAUCUGCUUAUAAGCUAGCAUGCCAAAGGAAGCUGACCACAUCGAGGGUGGAGGAGACAAGGAGUCUGAGGAGAGUGCCCAGGAAACUUCUAAGCAGACCGUGAGGAAGCGAGUCCGAACAAAAACUCCUAGUCCACAUCGAGGGACAAACACUCCACAAGCCAGCCCACCCAGGUUUGUGUCUGUAGAGGAGUUAAUGGAGACAGCAAAGGGAGUCACCAACAUGGCUUUGGCCCAUGAAAUAAUGGUUAACCAGGCUUUUCAAGUUAAACCCUCUGAGUUUCCUGAAGGAAGUUUGGAGCGCAGAGUGAAGGAGAUCAUGCACAAAGCAUUCUGGGAUUGUCUUGAAGCUCAGUUGAAGGAGGAUCCACCGCAGUACAUGCAUGCCAUCAAACUGUUGGCUGAAAUGAAAGAGACGUUGCUGUCUUUCUUACUUCCGGGCCAUGGUCACCUGCGUUCCUGUAUUGAGGAGGUUCUGGAUUUGGCUCUAAUUCAGCAGCAGGCAGAGAAUGGAGCGCUUGACAUUGGCAGGCUGUCCCAGUUCAUUAUUGAGAUGAUGGGCUCUUUGUGCGCCCCUUGCAGGGACGAGGACAUCAGUAAACUCAAGGAGAUCACAGAUUUUGUGCCUCUGCUCAAGGCUAUUUUCUCUCUAUUGGACCUUAUGAAGUUGGACAUGGCUAACUUUGCUGUAAACAGCAUCAGACCUCAUCUGAUGCAGCAGUCAGUUGAAUACGAGAGGAACAAGUUCCAGGAGUUUCUGGACAAACAACCUCAUGCUUUAGACUACACUGAGAAGUGGCUCACAGACACAGUGAAAGACUUGAGAGAGGUUUCUUCCACUGCUGCAUCAUCUGAUCCCUUGUCUCUCCUUCCUGCAAAUGUCCAUAAUCAAGCAUAUUUACGGCUACUGAAGUGGAACCACCUCACAGAACCAUUCCCUGAAACUAUGUUGAUGGAUCAGGCUCGCUUCCAGGAAAUGCAGCAGACUCUUGAACAAUUAGUUUUGCUGUCAUCUAUACUACUCAUCGUCUACACUACCACGGGGGAAGCCAUUUCAGGGCUUCCAGGGCUCAUGGAGACACUUAAAAACACUGUUCAUGCCAUGCUUGCAGAUAUGCACAAUCCGUCCUUCUGUCUGCAAGAGGCCUUAGCGACCACUGGGGAGAAACUUUGCAUUGAGCUAAGUCAGUGUUUAAGCCAACAUGGUUAUGCUACAUUAUCUUCUGAUCAGAAAAACACUUUGAUGGGGCAAAUCUCAGCCACCAUCCAGUCGGACAACACGGUCCGCAAGGUCAUGGACUCUAGAGUUCAGAACUACCUCCUGGCAUUCCUGGAGUCCAGUCAACACAAGAACUCUCCUCCUCUGCCUGGAGGUCUUGCGCCAGUCAACAAGGAAUUGAGAGAACUUGCUAUUCGCUUCAGUCACCUCAUCAACUUCAAUAAGCUGGUGUUCUCUCCAUUCUACCAAAAGAUUCUCCACAAAUGCUUACCAUCAGGAGAGUGUGCCAGCACAGAGACGUAAGAACUGUGUUGCAGAGUGGUGUCCAGUAGACCUGCAAGCUAGCACUUACAUUUUAAAGGAGCUGAGGAUAAUGACGACCAGUAGUGGAUGGUGACAAUUACUUCAUUGCUCAGAAAAAAACAUUUAAGACACACAAGUAGCAUUACUUAAUAAAAAAAAAAAAAAAGCCUCUGUCCUCUACCCUGCUUGUACGUCAACUCUGUCAAGUCCAAUGUUUUUACACUUCUUCGUUACUUACAAUGCCUUGUGAAACGACAGAAUUGUUUUGUCCGCUAACUCAGAAAAAGCUCAGGACUGUCAGUAACACCGCUGUCGCAUCAACACUGGUAGCAGACAACUAUAGUUAGAUAAAGUAAGAUUUAAGAAAACAUGGAAAUACCACUUAGUUCUUAAGUUCUUAAAAGAGGAAAGGUGUUCCCGAUGUGCAAACUGAAUGCAACCAAGCAGUUCAAGUCACCUAAUCACUAAGUCUCAUGACAUGCUUUGGCUUGUUUGUCGAGGACGUGGCUUGUUUGUCCAGGACGUGACAUGGACUAAGGCAAAAAUUAGCGCUAACAAGCCAACUUGGAAUCGAUCAGGUAAAAUUAUUCACCAUAUCACAUGGUAUGUCAGAAUUAUUUUAGAUUGAAAUACUUUUUUAUCUGUUUUCUUUAGGGUGUUUACAUUUCUACUUUUUAAAUAUAGUAACAUUUUACAUAGUUUGAAUGUGAUUACACCUUCCCUUGAUAAUCACAAUUAAAAAUAACAUCUGGCAAGUCUCAGAAAAGUGUAAUUGUAGAUUAACAAUAUCAGGAGUCUCUCUUAAUAAUCGAUAUAUUGUAUCGUCGUGAAAUUUUGCUAACUAAAUUGGGAAAGCCAGUUUUGGUGAGAAUUAAAUUCAGCAUUUACAAAUUGACUGACCAUAAUGUGCUUUAAAAAAUAUUCAGUUUUAGAAAUCAAAUUAUGAGUCGAACAUUUCAAUUGUACUAGUAUCACUUCUAAGCUGGCAAUAAAUAUAGCCCACUGAAGACCUAAGCAUCAAUGCAAAAUAAUGCAGUAAUAAUAUAUAAUCAGUGUUAUUCAAAAUUAAUCCAACUUGUUUGUAUCAGACUACUCCGUAUUCUAGUCUAGGAAUAGCAAUGUAAGACCAGAGUACACUGUUUAUAGCUUCAACAACGUGGUUUACGCCAACCUCAGUUAACCAUGCUAGCCUCCAGUCAGCUCAUGCAGGCAGUUGAUUGUCUAAAUUUGGUGGAAAACUGUGUGCAAUUAGCCUUGUAAUGUUACGGUACAUUUAUUUUGGUCAUGCCUGAAGAACUGAGUGAGUCUUAAUGAGAGCACUAGGUGCAUGUGCCUUCUUUCACUUUCACUUCUUUUUAAUCAUAUUCUAUAGUAUGGCAAAAGGGAACUAUUUUCCAAACCAAUAUUCCAUUUUUGUAUGUAGUAUCAGAGCCAUGGAAGGUGCCGUGUUUGCAACAGAAUGCCAUAAUGCUGGGACAUGUAUACAGUGCCUUGCAAAAGUAUUGCGUCUGUGAUAAUAAGCAAAGGAGCAUCUACUAAAUACUGACCUGAAGACGUGAAUACUUACGCACCCAUUUAUUUUAACUCAGAUAUUUUUAAUUGAUACUAAUUUGUAAAAAAAAAAAAAAAAUCCACUUUGACAUGAAAGGAUUUUUGUUUUUGAAAUUCUCGUCAUUUAAUUUAUAAAAACAAUACAUCAAAGGGGGUGAAUACUUUUGUAAGGCACUGUACAUAUUCUGUAAAUGACCACAUCCAGCUAUAGGGAAACCUUGAUGUCCUGACAUUGGCCAAAUAUUUUCCCAUUUGAUGGGUGUUAACCAAUUCAGAAGUUUCCAUAGUCUCUUGUAGAAACAAAGUCAUUGAAUUGUGGUGAAUUAAUUUAUGACCACCAGGCUACACCCCAAAAAGUUGAGCAUCUCUUCUCCCACACAAUGAAUAAUAGCGAUACUGCUAUGUAUCGACGGGCCAUUUGGCAAAAAAGAUUCAUAAUGUGAAAAUGACCAACUAUAAAAGAGUGUGUAAGGGAAACUAAAGUGUUGUGGACCAAGUUGAACCAUUUUGUGGUAAAUUCAUUUAUUUAGAAGUGUUCAUAAGAUGUUUAAAAUGAUGGCUUGUAACAGUUUGCUUUGUUGUUGAGUCUAACACUCUUGACUCAUUCACACUGACAUUUACACAGAUAUACAAUAUGUUGUAAAUGUUCAUUUAAUGUGUCAAUAAACGCUGUACGUCCAUAGACAAU